GGAAGUAGAUUUUUGUUUUUUCUUCUUUAUGUUCGUUUUAUUGGUAUAUCUUAGUUCUACACACUGCAUUUCGAUACUGAAGGCCUUUACUUUACUCGGAUUGUUUUGGCUCGACCGUUCAGUCUGUGUGAUCGUACUCUAGAAAGCGGUUACAAUUGGCAUUAGUUCGUUGUGUGCACUGCAAAGAAAAAAAAACACAUGGCAUGAAACACGCAGUGAAAGUUUCGUGGAAUUAAUUUAAAAGUGUCUUUUUAAACAUAAAUUGUUAAAAAAAACUUAGUGUAAAAUUGGGUUUGGAAAACAAAAAUAUUGGCAAUUGAUUUGAUGAUACAUCCUAAAAAUAAAUACGUACCAUAACUUGUCAAUUUUGUCAAUUGUAAUUAACAAAAAAAAAAAACCUUCGAUCAAAACAAAACAAAAUAAUAAAUAAUUUAAGCCGGAAACUAAAGCAACACAAAACUAUGUACACCUUCUCCAAUCAUCCUAUUGGACUCCUCCCAAUGGAGCAGAACUACGAUCCAUCUAAACCAUCAAUAUCAGAGUUUUUCGCUGGUCGGGAUGUUUUCAUUACUGGAGGCACUGGUUUCAUGGGAAAAGUUUUAAUUGAGAAGCUUUUGCGAUCUUGUUCCAAACUGAGUAAUAUCUUCAUACUGAUACGUGAGAAAAAACAGAAAACUAUUAUGGAGCGCAUCAAUGAAAUUAAGAAUCUACCGCUGUUCGACAAACUCCGAAAUGAGCAAAGUGAACUGUUGGAUAAGAUGAUUCCAAUACAAGGGGAUGUAUCUCUAUUAGCGCUUGGCCUUUCCCAGGAUGAUAUCGAUAGAAUGUACAAUGUGUCAGUUAUCUUUCAUGUGGCAGCUAGUGUACGGUUCGACGAUCCGCUCAAAACUGCAAUUUUGCUCAACACGCGAGGAACUUGUGAAUUGAUACGUUUUGCCAAACAGUUACCUGCACUUCGCGUGCUUAUGCAUGUCUCCUCCACUUAUUCGAAUCCAGAUCGCUACGUGAUUGAAGAAGAAAUGUAUCCAGCAUAUGCAAAUUGGCGUGACGCAAUACGCAUCGCUGAAACAUUUGACGAACAAACAAUUGAUGUAUUCGCUCCCAAAUAUAUGGGUUUUUUGCCCAAUACGUACGUUUUCACCAAAAGUUUAGCGGAACAUAUUGUCAACGAGCAUAAGGAUCGCUUACCGAUAAUUUUGUUUCGUCCAUCAAUUGUAAUAUCCUCAAUGAAAGACCCUAUCCCAGGCUGGAUGGAUAAUUUUAAUGGCCCCGUAGGUCUGCUGGUCGGAUGUGGCAUAGGCAUCUGUCGUACGAUGUACUGUGAUCCAAAUAACAUAGCUGAUUUUACACCGGUUGAUGUGUGCAUCAAGGCAAUGAUCGUUGCCGCAUGGAAGCGUGGCACUGAACCGGACCAGAGUGAUCCAAAUCAACAACUACCUAUCUACAACUGCUGUAUUUCAAACCUGAGAAAUUCAACCAUGUCACAGAUCGUAGAGAUGGGUCGAACUUUAUCGGACGAGAUUCCACUAGACAAAUGUAUCUGGGCUCCUGGCGGUGGCAUUACACAUCUUCGGAUUCAUAAUUUGAUACGAGUGCUGUUGUAUCAUAUAUUACCCGCCAUCUUGAUUGACGGAGUCUUACGUCUAAUGGGUCAAAAGCCUUUCUUGGCGAAAUUACAGCGGAAAAUCUACACAGCUAAUAUUGCCCUCGAGUAUUUUAUUUUGAAUAACUGGGACUUCAAAAAUGGCAACUUUAUACGCCUAGCAUCAGAAAUAAAACCAGAGGACAACAAAGAUUUCUACUAUCGCGAUUUUAUAGAGUUUGAUGUAACACUGUACUUUCGUAAUUGCAUUCUCGGUGCUAGACGAUAUUUGCUCAAAGAAAAAGAUGAAAAUAUUCCACGUGCGCUUACGCAUCUGAAACGAAUGAAGAUAUUGGAUAAAUUUUGUAAAUACGUUAUCUUAUUUAUCUUUCUAUACGUUAUUUUAAUACAGUUUGAUGUGCUUGAAAUGAUACUUUUCGUAAUUUCGUACAAACCUUCUCAUAUUAUUGAUAACGAAUGUACAUAACUUAGAGGCACGUGUAGUAAAAAGAUUACGAACAAGAAUCAUGUAGAUUUGGCGAAACUAUCAGAACUAUGAUCAGAUAUUUUGUUGCGAAGUAAGGCUCAGCUAUAAUGUUAACUUAAGAAUGUUAUCCGCACACAAACUUAAAAUACGGUGUUGAAUCUUCUGGACUGAACUAAUAGAAUAUAAUUUUAUGUAAGGUGUUUCAGGUUUUGUAGGAGGUUUGUGAAUGGUGAUCUAAAUAAACAUUGAAUAGCAAAUUA